UAUAAAAGAUGCCAUUUUUUGUGGGGAUUGAUUUGGACCCAAUCAAAAAUAUCCUACCUCAAGAUAUACACCCACAUUGCCAAAAUUGUAUUCGUGGCAUUCCCCAAGAGUUUCACAACCCGGCGAGAUUACGCCCCUAAACCCUCAUCCGUCGUGUUCCUAUCCCGAAAACCUCUUGGUGACCUUCUCCUCUAGCCAUGGUGCGCUUAGAUCAAGAACCUAACAUUGUCAAGCUAUUCUGCCACUACAAUACCCUGUACUUCCAAGACACCCUCGGUGGAUGCGUUGUCUCCUGGGCCGAAGAACCACUCCCCAAUAGUGACAUAAGUGGUUGUGAUUAUUAUCCGGGUGGUGGUGGUUGUAUUAUACUUCUUUCCAAGUCCUUAUAUAAAUGUCACAUGGACUCAGAUCUGAAGAAUGUUUUGCUCCAUGAGAUGAUUCACGCGUAUAUGUUCAUCAAAGACGAUAACACUAACCAUAGCAGUGACCACGGUGCAAACUUCAAGAAGCUUAUGGAUGACAUCAAUUCUAGCUCUGUACCAGAUCCUCAUCGACCUGUGGCUACAACAUGGUUAUUGGGGGGGGGGGGGGGACAAUAUCAAUACAAAUGUGAAAGCUGCGAAGAUUUUAUCGAGUCAACCAAGGUCAACGGGACUACACAGGAUGACUGCAUCGAGCGAAUGGGUGAUGUGUGUCUGAAUUCAACAUGUCAAUGGCAUAGGCACAAGAUGCAUUGCUCUGGUAGCUAUUAUAAAAUUCAAGAAUCACCACCUUAUUGUGUAGAAGUAAAGGGUUCGAGAGCUUACUCACCUAAAGAAAGACUUGAUGAGUGCAAGGCUAGCAAAUCAGCCAGUGGAAGGUGGCAUGCCAAACAUACAUCAAAUAAGAUUGAGGCAAGCAAUAAGCAUGAACUUGAAGAUGCAUCUGCUGAGUUCCUUCAAUCUACUAAUGAUGCAAUUGACAAUUGUAGGAAGAAGGCUCAACUUCAUGUGUUAGGUCUAAUAAGAAGAAGAAAAAAAUCGAAGGACAUUGGCUUUGAUCACCUGGGUAGCACAAUUGUCCAAGAAGCAUUGAAGCGACCGAGAACAGAUGCACUAAGUAAGAACCAAGGCUGCAACGGAGAAAAGAAAAGAAAAAUAAGUAAGUGGGAUGGUUCCUAUUCGGUAAUAGUUGAGCAUGUGAACUACUAUUGUGUUGACUAUUCGGAUGAAGAUGAGGUACCUUUGAUAAACAAAAGAACUGAAAGAAGAAAACAACAAAAUUUAUUGGAAAAUCCUGAGGCUACAUAUAUGUAAUGAAACAAUGGUGUUUGGGGUAUCAUUUCCAGUCCUCAGGUAAUAACUGGUAGAAGUAGUGAUAGCUUCUUUGAUUCUUUUCCUCGCGGACCAUGGAACAAUGACAGAUUUGAAAGUCUACCUCUUUCUCAAGUUGAAAACUGUUGUCGCCAAAUCAUCGAUCAAACAUGCCAUGAAACUUCACCCUCUUCGUCUGAUUCACCAAUCGUUGGUGAAAUGAUUGACAUUUCAGAUGACUGA